CCCCACCUCGUCUUCCUCCAAUCUUUUUCUAUCUAAAAACUUCCUAUUCACUCUUUUUUCCUCUUUUCCAACUUGUUUCCCUCUCUCUUGUUACCCUUUCAAACUCUUCAAAUACCAGCAAACAAUGCCCAUUCCCUUCCUCCUCAUCUUUCUCCCCUAGUCUGUUUCUUUUUCUUUUGUCCAAAAAAAUAAAACUUAAGUCAUUUCCUUGUUGGGUCCUUCUCCUUUUUAUUUAUUUUUUUCAUUUCAACAAUGGCAAAAGCUAAUGCUGACAAGUUGAGGCGGUUAAGAGCUUGGGUGCAAAACUACGAUUGGGGAAGAUGUGGAGCUGAGGCACAGGUGGCGAGGCUGUUGGCUUUGAAUUGUGGGGCUGAGGUUGAGCCUGAAAGGCCUUAUGCUGAGUUUUGGAUGGGGACCCAUGACUCAGGGCCAAGUUUUUUGGCUGAUGAAGAAGGACAAGAAGAAGAAAAUGUGGGUUUAAAAGAGUGGAUUGGGAAGAAUCCGAAUGUACUUGGUCAUAAGGUUUUGGAAAAGUGGGGGUCUGAUCUUCCUUUCUUGUUCAAGGUACUUUCAGUGGCAAAAGCCCUGUCAAUACAGGCACAUCCAGAUAAAGAAUUGGCGAAAGGAUUGCAUAAGUUACAGCCAAAUCUUUACAAGGAUGGUAAUCACAAACCUGAGAUGGCUUUGGCAAUAACAGAGUUCAGGGCCCUUUGUGGGUUCAUUACUCUUGAGGAGCUUAAGGGUGUGCUUGAAGAUGUUCCUGAGAUUGUAGAAUUGGUUGGCACUGCAUCAGCAAACCAAGUCUUAUAUAUUGACGAGAAAGACGGGGCAGAGAAAGUAAAAUCUGCUCUGCGGUCAGUUUUUACCCAACUCAUGUCAGCUAGCAAGGAGAUGACAACUAAAGCAAUAUCAAAGCUGAAAAGUCGGCUGCACAUGAAAAGUCAGUUGAGGUGCCUGACAGAGAAGGAACAGUUGGUGUUGCACUUGGAAAAGCAAUACCCAGGUGACAUAGGUGUCAUAUCGGCCUUCUUUUUCAAUUAUGUGAAGCUUAAUCCUGGUGAAGCAUUGUAUCUUGGGGCAAAUGAGCCUCAUGCAUACCUAAGUGGUGAGUGCAUUGAAUGCAUGGCAACUUCAGACAAUGUUGUGCGUGCUGGUCUUACUCCCAAGCAUCGUGAUAUCCAAACUCUUUGUUCCAUGCUCACAUAUAAGCAGGGCUAUCCUGAAAUCCUGAAAGGAUUUCCAUUGAGCCCGUACAUAACAAGGUAUCUCCCACCCUUCGAUGAGUUUGAGGUUGAUCGUUGCAUUCUUCCUAAAGGGGCAUCAACUGUUUUCCCAGCCAUCCCAGGACCUUCUAUUUUCCUUGCCUUUGUUGGGGAGGGAACAUUGCAUACCGGAUCAUGGAAUGAUAUAGUUACUGAAGGAGACGUGCUUUUUGCACCAGCCAAUACAGAGAUUACCAUUAGUACUGCAUCUGAGCUGCAGCUGUACAGGGGAGGGGUGAACAGUAGGUUCUUGCAUGCCUUGUGAGUGUAGAGCAGAGCAGCAGCCAUCAGGCCUAUGGAGUAAAUAGCUUAUUAAUUAUUUAUUGGAUGUAUCUAUGCUAUCUUUUGCUGCCAUUUAUAGUUGUCCAUUCAUGCACUACAAUGCAAUGUUAGGACAUGCAAAUAUAAUAUAGUCAAAGUUAAUACCA